AGGCAGAGGCUCGUCCGAGGCCUGGAGCCGAUGGAGGCACCUCGCGUCGAUCGUCGUUACCGUGUUCUUCGAGGGGAGGGGGCCAAGCGGGUCUCGCUUGUCUUGAGGGGAAUGUCGCUCUUCGUGCAGCAGCGGCGUCAUCAUCCACUCGCUUCCCCUUUCUUCUCCUGCAGCUGCAGCUGCUGCUGCUGCUGAUUCCGCUUCCGCGUCUUCUUCUUCUUCGCUUUCCUCUCGCUUCCUCUUCUUCUUCCUCCAGUGCUGCCAUCGCUAACUAGACUAGCGCUGGUGGGGCUUCUGUCUCGCCUCGUCUCGUUCCUCGUCUGGAGCGGCCGAUGCUGGUGAUCUCAUCGCGGUAGAAAAUAAAUUUUGAGUGCGUCGGAUGUCGACGCGAGUGUCGUCGAGUGAGUGACUGAUCGUCGACACGCGCUUUGUUCAUAUUUGCACAUUUGCUACAGUCCGUGAUCACGUCCACAGCCCGGGACUCGGCCCCUCGGCUCGGCUCGGCUCGGCGAAGUGGAUUGGAGUGAAGUGGAGUGGAGCCAAAGAUCGUAGAGCUCGUGGUGUAAAUUGCAGUGGAUCUUGGCCGAUUGGUUGCAGUGGGGCGUUGGUCCUUGAGUGGGGAAUUUUUUGAUUCGGGUUGUGGAGAUGGUUGCCCCGGUGGUAGAAUUGAAGUGAUGUAUAGGUAGAGUAGAGGGAGGGAGGGAAGGACGGGGGGAGGGGAGGAAGUGAGUAGAUGGUAGCGCGACUCGUGGAAAAUGAUCGAGUGGUGGCUGGGCAGACACUCGUCAAGCAUGAGGUCCGGAUUGUGUGUCGAAUUGUGGUCGGGGCACGGCGAGACAAAGAGCCAGAGCGUUGUGAAUGUGCCCAACGCCUGCUUCAAUGUGGAAGCCGUGAUAGAGAUUGAAGGAUUCAAGGUAGGCCCCAAGAGAUCUCACGUCGCACUUCGGCACCUCCGGAUAGAGAGGUCGAAGAGUCGGUCGUCGUCCAGCUCUUCGAGCUCGUCUGAGCCUUUUGCGGCCACGGAUUUUGAAUUGGCGCUCGUCUUUGAUAAACCCGGCCAAUACACCGUUCCAAUCACUGACAUUACGCGCAUUCGUUGCAAGUAUCUCCAGCAAGGCAAGGCCAGCAUAGAGGCCAAGGGCGCGCUGGUUCUGCUCAACGCGGUGUCACAAGGUGAUUUGGAAAGGCUUCUGCUUUUAAUCAGGGACGUAAAAACAGGGAAGGCGCCAGUCGAGUCCCGGCCCUGUCUCGUCUGCCGCGAGAAGGGCCACAAAGUGAAGCACAAGCGCGAGGAACUGCAAUCUUCGGGUACAUUUGAAACUAUUCCGGUGGAUGGAGAUUGCCAGGCCACGAAGAAGCAGAAAAUUAAGGUUCUGGACUGCAUUUUCCGCAAGAGGCAGUUGCUGCACGUGAGCCCGGGGCAGGACCAAGUGCUGAAGCAGCUGCGAGACCUGAAGAACCGAGACCAUGUACAGAAGUCGAAGAAGAUGGGAUUGUCGCCGGGCGAGGGCGAAGAUCGGGCCUACGUGCUCGACCGCGAGGUGUUGGAAUCGGGGUCCAAGUUCGAGGACCGAUUUCAGGACGAGAUGAGGCACUACGGCAGAGAGAACGGCGGAUCGCGCCAGUCGCCACCGGCGUAUCUGUCUCGGAGCAGCGGCGAUGGCCAGGAAUCGAAGAGCACGUCGCCCGGCACGGCGAGAGCGCAGGCGGACGAGCGAUCGCGACGAGUGUCGGAGGAUGUGAGGCGCAGGGAGAGGCCCGGGACCUGGAGCGGCAGGAGGAGGGAGCGCGAGGCCGUGUCGCCCGAGCGCGAGGGCGAGGGCGAGGGCGAGGGCAAGGAGAAUUUCACGGGCGAGGAGGAGGUGCGCAAGAUCGGCGAGGAGACAGUGCGCAGGCUGGCGGACGAAAGGAGGCGGGCCGAGGACGAGAAGCGGCGCGUGCUGGACGAGCAGAGGAGGCGGGCCGAGGAGGAGCACCGGCGAGUGCAGGAGGAGCAGAGGAAGAGGUACGAGGAGGAACGCAGGCGCAGGGAGGAGCUGCGCCGACUGGAGGAGGAGGAGCGGCGGCAGGCCGAGGAGAAGGAGCGGAAAUCGCAGGACGAGAGGCGGCGCAAGGAGGAGAAGGAGAUCCAGAAGGAGGAAUUGCGCAGAUUCGUCGAGGAGCAGGAGCGCAAGCGGCGCGAGGACAAGGAGCGCAGAGCGCUGGAGGACGAGAGGAGGCGCAAGGACGAGGAGGAGCGGAUCGUGCAGGAGCUUCGGCGGCAGAAGCAGGAGGAGGAGAGGCUGCGCAAAGAGCUGGAGCGACGGGUUCAGGAGCAGGAGCUGAUUCGGAAGCAGGAGGACGAGCGGCGGCGCAAGGAGGAGGAGGAUCAGCGACUCCUCGAGAGCAGACGGCAAAAGGAAGAGGAAGAGCGGCUGAAGCGCGAGCAGGACCGAAGGCUGCAGGAGCAAGUGCUCGAGGUGAGGCGCAGGCAAGAGGAGGAGAAGAAGAAGCAGGAGGCUCUGAGGCGCCAGAGGCAGGAGGAGGAGCGGCUGCUGCAAGAACGCAGGAAGCGCGAGGAAUUGCGCCGACAGAAAGCCGAGGCCGCGGCCGCGAAAGCCCAGGAGGAUUCCAAGAUGCGGGUCGUGCUCGAGGAAGAGCGCAAGAAGCUGGAGGAGAUUCGGCGCAGGGUUUUGGAGGAGCAGAGAGAUAGGCUAGAGCAGAGGCGACUGGACGAGGAAAUGCGGCAGUGGCAGCGCGAGGAGGAUCAUCGACGGGCGAGGGAAGACAAGUGGAGCAUGUCCGACGAGGAGCGCGCGAGGCUCGAGGAGCAACGCCAUCGCGUUGGAGAGGUGAUGAAGAUGACCAGAGAUCUGGCCCGGAAACGAUUGGAAGAGAACGUGAAGGAGGAGGAAAAGCGCAGACAGGCUCAAGAGAAGGAGCUCCAGGACGAAGAGAUUUGUCGCCAAUUUCUGGACGACGAUAAGAGGACUUUGGAUGAAGAUAUCCAAAAGCUCGUCGACAAAGCCAACAAUGUCGCAAGUCUCGAAGAAGUUCUGAUGAAGUUGAAAGAGCGAUGCUCGUUCAGAAGCGAGAGGGAGCCCGGCGACAAUGCGGACAACAGCUCUCCGACUUCGGCCGACCACACCAAAGGAAUGUCUUAUCUUUUCACGAGACUCGAAGAGAAGAAGCAAGCUCUCAAGCAAGAGCAGGAAAGAGUACGCCGCGAGGAAGCACGAUUGAACGUCAAGCCUGAAAAUUUGGCAGAUUCUCAAGCGAAAGCCGAGAAGCAAAGGCAGGAGGAAUUGAAGAGGCACGAGGUCGAGCGGAAGAGGGCUGAGAAAGCGGCGAACCUGUUGAAGAAGAAAUUGCUUCAAGAGCAGUUGAGAGCAGCGAAGAUCGAGGCUAGACGUCUGGAGCGUGUGCGGAAAGAAGCGGAGAAACAAGCGAAGGCAGAAGAGCGAGCCAAACAACAGCAGAGGGCUCAUGAACAGGCCAGGAAGCAGGCUCAAGAGCAGGCGAGGCAGUUUCACUACCCUUCAGCCCCGCAACGUUGGCCGUCGUAUAACCACAGGCCUUUGACCUACCAAGAGUACGAAGAGUCUUGGAACGUCAUGAAUUCAUCAAGGAAAGGAUCGUCUCUGGGUUAUGCAGAUAUCCCAUGGCCUCCCGCCGGCAAUCCAUUAUUCAUUGAAAGCGGUGACACUUUCGAAGUGCAGAAACGGAAAUUGCGAAUAGCACUUCUGAGGUGGCACCCAGAUAAGUUCAUGGCGAUAUGCGGAGAACGUUUGGGAUCUGUCGACAGGGAAUCCAUCGAGACUCAGGCAAAGCAUCUCGCCCAGCAGGUGAUCCAGUGGAAGAGCCGGUUGGAACAGGCCUAGCGUAAGUCUACCUCUGGUAUCUCUGCCGAUCAACUCCAGCUCCAGCUCCAUUCCAACCUUCACGAAGUCAACGAAAUUGAAAGCAUCGGCUCGUGUCAGCUUCCGAACGGAGGAGAACGCGGAGGAGAACGCUGCGCUGUCAUUCCAACGGAAGCUCCUGUCUAUUUUGAAAGUGGUCAGAUGCGGCUGUUUGUGGUUUUGAACAUCUGAAGAUUUAUUCCGGUUCUCUUCUCAUCCUGGCACUGCACUGCAAACAGUCUAGCGCAGCCCCGCAACUCUGCCGCAUCUUUGUAAUCAACGCUUGAAGCUCACAAGCAUCACCUUCCACCAUUACAGACAGUGACCCCCUGAAGAUACAAGCGCAUCGACGGGAUCAGUAACUUUGACGUGCCUUAGUGAGGAAUUCAAGAUUACUUGGGACUGAUCAUUUUUUUUUUCAGUCCGAUAUGGGUCUCGCUAUGAGAAAUGUAAAUAGCAAGUUCUACCUUUUAUUGAACGCCAGAACGUGACUCAACAAGUUCGGCGUGUUGUCGCUCCAUAUCGAGCGACUUUGGUUACUCCCUUGACGAGAGCACAUGUGCUCCUUCACCCGGGCAACAAUUCUGUACCCUGAGACGGUGAGGGCUGUGCAUCUGUCUGUCCCCUUCGACUUUCCGAUCUGCAGGGUUCUGGUGCCAAAGUUUGUAUCAUAGAGGAUUAGUUGUGAGUUGUGAUGGAUUCAUCCGAUAUCUCUGCUCGAUCUUGCAUAUUUUUUGCGCCUAGAAGUGUCCUUUUGAGGCAGAUCUCAGGUGCUUCGGUUCGUCAUGUACGUUCCAAAAGUAAUUAAAUGAGUUGCAAGUCGUGGCUUUUAAGG